UCUUCAGUAACUCCGGUCACACUGCUACAGAUUCGCUGGCGACGCCUUUGCGGGAUACUUUUUUUGAUUUGGAUUAGAAUAUUGGAAAAUGUCGGCUGAAGUGGAUUUCGUCAACAAGAAGGAGGUUCAUCUUCGCAACCUAAAGCAGUCUGGCCAUGUGGGCUUCGACAGUCUGCCGGACCAAUUGGUCAACAAGAGUGUGCAGAACGGAUUUGUCUUCAACGUCAUGUGCAUAGGCGAGACCGGACUGGGCAAGUCGACGCUGAUGGACACGCUGUUCAACACUAGCUUUGAGUCCACGCCGAGCCCCCACACCCUGCCCAGCGUUAAGUUGAAGGCACACACCUACGAGCUGCAGGAGAGCAACGUGCGGCUUAAGCUGACCAUCUGCGACACGGUGGGCUAUGGCGACCAGAUCAACAAAGACGACUCCUUCAAGGCGGUGGUCGACUACAUUGACGCCCAGUUUGAAAACUAUCUGCAGGAGGAGCUGAAGAUCAAGCGCUCAUUGGUAACGUGCCACGACAGCCGCAUCCAUAUUUGUCUGUACUUUAUCUGCCCGACGGGACAUGGGCUCAAGUCGCUGGAUCUAGUGUGCAUGAAGAAGCUGGAUAGCAAGGUGAACAUCAUUCCCGUGAUCGCUAAGGCCGACACCAUCUCCAAGGUAGAGCUGCAGCGCUUCAAAGCGAAGAUCAUUCAGGAACUAAACACCAAUGGAGUGCACAUCUACCAGUUCCCCACCGACGACGAGACGGUGGCCGACACGAACACUAGCAUGAACUCACACAUUCCCUUCGCCGUAGUUGGCAGCACGGAGUUCAUCAAGGUGGGCAACAAGCUCAUACGAGCACGCCAAUAUCCCUGGGGCACUGUCCAGGUGGAGAACGAGACGCACUGCGAUUUUGUGAAGCUGCGCGAGAUGCUCAUUCGCACCAACAUGGAAGACAUGCGCGAAAAGACACACACGCGGCACUACGAGCUCUACCGCCAGAAGCGGCUGGAGCAGAUGGGCUUCAGCGACGUUGACAGCGAGAACAAACCGAUUUCGUUCCAGCAAACGUUCGAGGCCAAACGCUCCAACCACCUGGCCGAGCUGCAGUCCAAGGAAGAGGAGGUUCGUCAGAUGUUUGUCCAGCGGGUGAAGGAGAAGGAGGCGGAGCUGAAGGAGAGCGAGAAAGACCUGCAUGCCAAGUUCGAGAAGCUGAAGAGGGACCAUGCCGAGGAAAAGCGCAAGCUCGAGGAGUCGCGCAAGGCCCUCGAGGAGGAUUAUCUCGACUUCCAGCGGCGCAAGCAGCAGUUGGCCACCGCCCACCACACGCUUACCCUGGGCAAGAGCAAGAAGAAGUAGAAUCCGGCUCCGACGAGCAAUGUAUUGAGAAUUCUGUGCGGUUCGCGUAUCCCAAAGUAAUUAUUGCUUUCUCAUCUCGUUGUCUUUCAUUUGUACUAUUAAGUUUACUUCAAAUAUUAACAUAUAUACACACUACACACGCAUAUGUACGCAUAUAUGAAUAUGUAUUUACAACUAACGAAUAAAUCGAACUUAGUAUUUUAACAACUA